ACCAAUCGCGCGAUCAGAGCCCAGGGGCGCGGCCGCGCCCUGUUUUCCCAGCAGAUGCGGCUGACAGGGUCCCUUAGGCGCGGCUUUGCCCUCCAAACCUGUCAACUCUCUCGGCGGUUUCGUGGGGUUCUCAACUCCACUCUUUGAUCUUCCUCUGAACCGCAUAUUUACUUGUCAACAACAAUAAUGUCCCCUCCUUUACUUCCAUCAUUCCGUCGACAACAGCUUGUGAUAGACUUUUCGUUCCUUAGAGAGAGCUGUCCUGAGGGUGUUUAUCUUUCGCUCACUCCUGGCGACCCUUCACUCUGGUCCGGCGUCCUUUUCGUUCGAGAAGGCCCAUAUGCUGGAGCUGUCCUUCGCUUCGAGAUCGCAUUUCCGGACUCGUACCCUGACGACCCUCCUCUUGUUACCUUUUCAAGCGAUAUCUUUCAUCCUUUAGUUGUACCCUUGACAACAUACACCUUCGCGGCCAGCGUUGUCGAUGCGUCUAAUACUAUAAGCGCUGCUGAUCAAGAUCGACUCCCGCCCGGCGCGUUUUCCCUGCGUCAUGGGUUUCCUCGUUGGUUUCGUGGUCGAGGUCUUGCAAUCGACAAGGCCGAUAACACCACAUCAAGUCGGCGAGAUGAUGUGAACAGUCCCAAGCCUGGUGCGUCAGCCGAUGACCACGUGAAGACGAGCGAAGAUGUACGAACACGAUCACAUGCUGAGGAUCGCAAAGAUCUCAUGCUCCGAAUGUUAUCAUAUAUAAAAACGGCGUUUGAGAACGAAACCCUCCUGGAUGAUAUGCCCUUGGAGGCUGCAGGUGAUCCAAGCGCAUGGCAUGCAUGGCUCGCGUAUCGAGGUCUUGGAAAGGGAGAUGGUCGCCUCAAAGAUUCGAUGCCUGUAGGAAAUGACGGCGUUCCAGCUUCACCGAAACGUCCAAGUGAGUGGAAAUGGGACGGUGUGUGGGAGUCGCGAGUGACGAAUGGUAUCGAGACCAGCGUGAGUGAAGGCACACUUUUCGGCAGUGCUAGUGGUGGUCGUGCUGGACAAGCAUUUGCGGACAUGACAAAGUCGGAUGCUCGACAAGCCAUGGUUGCCAGCGGUAAUCGACAGAUCCGCUUCUCGAAGGUCGAUGUCGAGCGCUUCGAGGAGUUGAGGAAAGACAUUUUGACUUAUGACAAACCUAUACCGACAUGAUGGGAAAGAUGUGCGCACUUUUGCUCAGCCGGCCAAAGCAGAAUCCACAGACCUCGUGGAAGAUGAGCUCGGCGGGCUCGCUGCUUCCAUCUCGAGAGUUUCGCCUGCUCAGCAACCCUUUGUUCGAGACGCUCCUGCCGAUGUCGACAUGAGCCAGGGCAGGAACGUUGAGACGCUGCUCCCAGCGACCGAAUGAUUGACAACUUCAGCUGUUCAACAUUCUUGUUCUUCCUUUUCGAUGCAUACCUCUACCCAGCAGAAUAUGCCACACUUGCUUUGUCUCGCCUAGAGCACGCAUUCUGUACACCCUGUAUGAACGUUUCAGUUUGUCAAAACUCCUGACCAUACCAGCAGCAGAGAUUCCUGUCGAGUAUCAUACAAUCAUUGCUUCUCUUGGAAUCGUCUCCUUUUGGACCGUUGGCUUCGACGAGACCUGUAUCACUCG